CCCGCCCCCGCCCCGCCCGGCCCUGGGGAGGGGUCCUGGACGCCCUCUCCCACCCCCACGCCUGCUUCCAGCCCGUCGACACCAUGUUCCCGGGCUUCGGCGGCUCCGAGAUGUGGAACCCCAACCGCGAGAUGAGCGAGGACUGCCUGUACCUCAACAUCUGGGCGCCGGCGCCGCGCCCCAAAACGCCGGCGCCGGUGCUGGUGUGGAUUUAUGGCGGCGGCUUCUACAGCGGCGCCGCCUCGCUGGACGUCUACGACGGGCGCUUCCUGGCCGCGGCCGAGGGGGUCUUGGUGGUCUCCAUGAACUACCGGGUGGGCGCUUUGGGCUUUUUGGCGUUGCCGGGUCACCCCGAAGCCCCCGGCAACGUGGGGCUGCUGGACCAGCGGCUGGCGUUGCGUUGGGUGCAGGCCAACAUCGCGGCGUUCGGCGGCGACCCCGGCGCGGUGACGCUGUUCGGGGAGAGCGCCGGCGCGGCCUCGGUGGGGCUGCACCUGCUGUCGGGGGGCAGCCGCGCCCUGUUCCGCCGCGCCGUGCUGCAGAGCGGCUCGCCCAACGGGCCGUGGGCUACCGUGGGGGCGGCUGAGGGCCGGCGGCGAGCGGCGCGGCUGGGCCGGCUGGUGGGCUGCGGCGGCGUGGGCGCCGGCGGGACGGUGACCAACGAGACGGAGCUGUUGGCUUGCCUGCGCGCCGCGGCGCCGCCGCAGCUGGUGGAGCACGAGGCGGCCGUGCUGCCGCAGCAGGGCGUGUUCCGCUUCGCCUUCGUGCCCGUGGUGGACGGCGAGUUCCUGGCCGACACCCCCGAGGCGCUGCUGGGCGCGCCGGGCCGCGCCGAGGCCGAGGUGCUGCUGGGCGCCGUGCAGGACGAGGGCACCUAUUUCUUGGUGUACGGCGUGCCGGGUUUCGGCAAGGACAACGAGAGCCUGAUCAGCCGCGAGGAGUUCCUGGGCGGGGUCAGGCUGGGCGUGCCGCAGGCCAACGAGCUGGCGGCCGAGGCCGUGGUGCUGCAGUACACCGACUGGCUGGACCAGGACAACCCGGUGAAGAACCGCGAGGCGCUGGACGACAUCGUGGGCGACCACAACGUGGUGUGCCCGCUGAUGCACUUCGCCCAGCGCUGGGCCGAGCGCGGCGGCACCGUCUUCGCCUACCUGUUCGACCACCGCGCCUCCAACCUGCUGUGGCCGCCGUGGAUGGGCGUGCCGCACGGCUACGAGAUCGAGUUCGUGUUCGGGCAGCCGCUGAACCCCGGGCUCAACUACACGGCCGAGGAGGAGGCGCUGAGCCGGCGCAUCAUGAGAUACUGGGGCAACUUCGCCCGCACCGGGGACCCCAACGAGCCGUCGGAGCGGGGAGCGCGCUGGCCGUCCUACACGGCCGCGGGGCAGAGCUACGCCCGGCUCAACGCGCGGCCGCUCGCCGUGGCCCAGGGCCUGCGCGCCCAGGCCUGCGCCUUCUGGACGCGCUUCCUGCCCAAGCUGCUCAACGUCACCGGGCCGAUGGAGGAGGCGGAGCGGCAGUGGCGCCUGGAAUUCCACCGCUGGAGCUCGUACAUGAUGCGCUGGAAGAGCCAAUUCGAGCUCUACAGCCGCCAGGAGCGCUGCCAGCCCCUGUAGGACCCCAAAAACCCACCCGGGCACCCCAAAAUCCAUCCGGGGCACCCCAAAAACCCACCCGGGCACCCCAAAAUCCAUCCGGGGCACCCCAAAAAACCCACCCGGGCACCCCAAAAUCCAACUGG